GCCCGCCCAUCUCCAUCUCUUUACUCGUCCUCGUCCUCCCCCGCACAGUGCUGCAGCCCCUUUCUCUGCUCCUGACCGACCUCACUACCUCCGAUCAAACAAAAUAGCAUGUGCCCACACACUAACGGCGAUGCUCUUCCGAACGGCACCUCUGAAAUGGUCGCCGUAGACAUGUCUAACGGUUCCACCUCGCACUCAUCAUCCGUCAAGACCAACGGCGUGAACGGUCACGUAAACGGUGUCAACGGCCAUGUCAAUGGUGUCAAUGGCGCUGCCAAGAAGCCCGAGCAGCGACGGAAUCCUUACGCUCCUCGUGCAUCGGACUUCUUGAGCAAUGUUUCAAACUUCAAGAUCAUCGAGAGCACUCUGCGAGAGGGCGAGCAAUUCGCCAACGCCUUCUUCGAUACUAAGACCAAAAUCGCCAUCGCCAAGGCACUCGAUGCGUUCGGGGUGGAGUACAUCGAGCUCACGAGCCCUGCUGCCUCUGAGCAGUCCCGCGCUGACUGCGAGGCCAUCUGCAAGCUCGGCUUGAAGGCCAAGAUCCUGACGCACAUUCGCUGCCAUAUGGAUGAUGCGCGGAUAGCCGUCGACACUGGCGUCGAUGGUGUUGACGUCGUCAUCGGAACAUCAUCGUUCCUCCGUGAAUUCUCGCAUGGAAAGGACAUGACGUACAUCACCAAGACUGCCAUCGAGGUCAUCGAAUUUGUGAAGAGCAAGGGCAUCGAAGUCCGAUUUUCGUCGGAAGACUCCUUCCGCUCCGAUCUCGUCGACCUGUUGUCCAUCUACCAGACUGUUGAUAAGAUCGGUGUCAACCGUGUCGGUAUUGCGGAUACGGUCGGUUGCGCCAAUCCUCGUCAGGUGUACGAUCUCGUCCGGACCCUUCGUGGUGUCGUUGGCUGUGACAUCGAGAUUCACCUGCACAAUGAUACUGGGAUGGCCAUUGCCAACGCGUACACUGCGCUCGAGGCUGGUGCCACGCACAUUGACACGUCCGUCCUCGGUAUCGGCGAGCGUGUCGGUAUCACUCCUCUCGGUGGUCUCGUUGCUUGCUUGUACGCUGCCAACCCGGAGUACGUCAAGAGCAAGUACAACCUGCCCAUGCUCCGUGAGAUCGAGAACCUGGUCGCCGAGGCUGUCGAGGUCAACAUUCCGUUCAUGAACCCCAUCACCGGCUACUGUGCCUUCACGCACAAGGCAGGCAUCCACGCUAAGGCCAUUCUCAACAACCCGUCGACCUAUGAGAUCCUGAAGCCCGAAGACUUCGGUCUUACGCGCUACGUCUCCAUCGGACACAGGCUGACCGGAUGGAACGCCGUCAAGAGCCGUGUGGAGCAGCUCGGCCUUAAGCUCACUGACGACGAGAUUAAGGAUGCGACGGCCAAGAUCAAGGAGCUCGCGGACGUGCGGACACAGUCGAUGGAUGACGUCGACUCGCUGCUCCGUGUGUACCACUCCGGAAUCCAGUCCGGCGAGCUCGCUGUCGGACAGAAGGAGGCUCUCGACCGUCUGCUCCGCAAGCACCGCGAGGGCACGAUGGACAGCCGGGACGCAUCUGUCAGCAGACCCUCGACACCGGUCGCUGCGUAGUUUCUCUCCCGGUGGAUCUGGCGGCAACGUGGGACUAUUCAGGGCGAACUCUUCAUGUCCGUCGGUGGUGUUGGCUUAUGAUAUCCACCACAAAAAGAGUGGGUAGCAUUGUGAGCCCUGACAGAUCUACCUGCUCCUUCCUGCAUGUACACCGGCGUACGAUGCAUCCGGCAUUUGAUACCUGCAUCGUCUAACUCCUUUCGCUGGUGCAGUUGUCAUUAAUUUCCCCUCCUUUGUGUAAUGCGUCACAUGUACGAGUAUGUAAUGCAGCAAAAGAUGUCAAAGGGACAUCCUCGAAUUGAACAGGAAUCCAUGUAUCAUUUCCAAGUUGU